UACUACGUAAAUAAAUACCGACAAAAUGUAGACUUACUCGUAUCUGAUUGUUUCAUUCUCUAGACAUUGGCAACGGCUUUUGCACAGUUCCACAGUAUCACAUUUGCGCAUUCCAAAGAUGUCGCAAUUGGUGGGUGAAUAUGGCGAUGUGAAACGGAAGAUCCUCUCCCUGAUUAAACGUGUUUUAAAAGGAGACGUUGAGAAUAAUAAGAUCGAAAUAGCCAGCGCGUCCAAGCCCGGUGAUAAUUGGCUGGGGUUGAUGUACAGCGUAUCCAUCGUAGAUCAGGAGAACUCUGAACUACACUUAAUUGUAAAGAUGGCGCCUUAUCAGGCGCCGUACAGAAACUUGUUUCCAAUCCGGAUAAUCUACGAUCGAGAGAUAUUCGUCUACGACAACGUUUCGCCACAAUUUGUCCAGUUCCAGGAAGAGAAAGGAUUGGAAAACAUCUUUCAGCCAUUUCCGAAGCACUACGCCACAACCAUGCAAAGUAACAGUGAAGCCCUUGUAAUGGACAACAUGAAAACUAAAGGUUUCAUUACUGGCGAUUAUAGCGCAGAAAUCGAUUACCAACACGCUUUAUUCGUUAUGAAAGAGCUUGGAAAGCUUCACGGUAUGUCUUUGGCUAUGAGAGAUCAAAAACCGGAAGUCUUCAAGUAUCUUCAGGAAAACUGCGGGGAAACAUUUUUCAACAGUAAUUUAUUUGAAUCAGUAGUAACCAUGAUAACCAAGUUAGGAAACAUGGUAUUAGAAUCCUACGAUCCCAUUAGUGACAGUCUGUACAUAGAGGCCUUGCAAGGUUCCCUCAAGAAGGUGGGCGACACCUUCGCCGAAAAGAAGCAAGUUGAAAGGUAUGGUAAGUACGCAGUAAUUAACCAUGGAGACGCGCAAAUGAGAAAUUUUAUGUUUAAAUAUGGGGACCCCGCACGUCCGUCCACGCCAACUGAGCUAUGCUUAAUUGACUGGCAAUUAACUCACGUGGCGUCGCCAGCGUUCGACGUACUAUGGUUUAUUUUUGUCUGCACCGGCCAGGAAUUUAGAGAGCUCCAUUACCGGGAAUUGCUCGAAGUGUACUACGACAGCCUUUGCUCCCUACUCCGCCAGCUCGGAAGUGAUCCCCAGAAAUUGUUACCGUUUAACAUUUUGACGAGUCAUUUGAAACAAUUCGCACCCUACGGAUUAUACGUAGCGAUUUGGCUUACGGCGACAAACAUGAGGGAUAUCCAAGAUAUUCCAGAUCUAUAUAACAGUAGCGAAGCUGUGAUUAUCGAUCAAUUUUCGGUCGUUCCCAACAAAGCCUACGUCGACAGAAUUCGUGGAGUGGUAUCUGAUUUUAUAAAGUAUGGCUACAAUUUUUGAGCACUUGGUAUAGCUAUCAUUCCCAAAUAAAAAGGUGUUUGAAAUAUU